AUGCGAGCGAUAUACAGACAUGCUCCUGGUGUUCGCAGACGGUACCGUGCCUCGCUGAUGGAUAUCCACGAGACCCUGUAUGAGUCCAUAGUUGACGUCGCCUCCCUGGUGAAUGACUUGGCAAGGCAGCUGUGUCUCGAUAUGAUGAACAAGCAAAUUCCAGACAAUGCGGUCUUGAAGAGGAAACCGACUCCCGACUACGCACCCGGUUGCAAGUGCGUCAUCAUCUCGGACGAUUGCUUUCCCGCCAUACGUCGGGACAACGGCACGCUUCAGACGAACCCCAUUGACAACAUAUCUCCCGCGGCAUCUCCCGAAUUUCGCCAUGAUGCGCGGGCCCAACGCGAACUGGGCCACAACUCGAUUAUCCUCAUGAUUGAAGCCCAGUCUCGAUAUAUUCACACCCUGAUCGCCCCCGUCAUCAAAGCACAAGCCAGUGGUGGUCAUUUCACAGUUGUUCCUCUUGUCGCACGCAUGGGUGCUUAUAAUCGUGAAAUCCGAGAUCAUUUGGCGAAGAGCGCGAUUGCUGAUCUGAGCUGCGACGGUUGGUAUAAGAAUGCCGAUGGUCUCGUCGCGAAUAACUGGUAUGGCACUGUUGUUGAAUACCAGCAUCGCAUGGCGACAGUUGAAUGGGGUGAUUUCCAGGUUUCUGGGGAAGGGAAGCCGUGA